AUGAAGAACUUGCCGCUUCUCGAGACUCAUGGUGUACAAGCAACCGACGUUGAGACCGGCGAAGAUGUCGCCGUUAAACUUGAACACGUUUCUACCGAUCCCAACUUCCUCGAACUUGAAGCUGGCCUCUAUCGAUCGCUUUCUGGUGGUGCCGGAAUACCACACGUUCACGCGUAUCACACCGAAUGCGAAUAUGAUGCCAUGGUCUUUGAUCUUCUAGGGCCGAGCUUGGAGGACCUUUUCAACUUUUGUGGCCGUCACUUCUCUCUCAAAACAGUGUUGAUGCUCGCAGACCAGCUUCUUUAUCGUCUCGGCUAUCUUCAUUCCAAGGCUAUCAUUCAUCGCGACGUCAAACCGGAGAACUUUUUGAUGGGGACGGGAAAGCAGGGCAAUCGGGUUUAUGUUACGGAUUUGGGUCUUGCCACGGAACGCAUUGCUGCCCAGGUGGACACGAAGGACCGUGAAGCCCAGAAAUCGCAAUUGAUUGGCUCGGCCCGUUAUGCCAGCGUCAACGGUCACUUAGGUAUUGUGCAGCAUCGCUGCGAUGAUUUGGAAUCUCUAGGAUAUAUGCUUCUCUACUUCCUCCGGGGCUCUCUUCCGUGGGACCAUCUCAAGACUGCGGAUUAUACACAAUUGAAAGAGUUGAUCUUGGAAAGGAAGAGGACGAUCGGGUUAGAGGAUCUGUGCGAGGGCCUUCCUUGGGAAUUUGCAGCUUAUUUCCGUCACAUUCGUUCCCUUGGCUUUGACGACAAGCCGAACUAUUCGUACUUGCGCAAGAUCUUCCGCAAUCUUUUCGUGCGAGAGGGCUUCGCUCAUGAUUAUAAAGUCCUACAAGGCGCCGAGGCCUUUAACGAGGCAAACGUGUCCAACGGCCACAUGACGGCGGGAUAA